AUGAAGCAUUUAAUAGGUCUGGAGGGACGUCCAGCUUCGUUCAUCCCCAAGCGGCACAAAGAAUCAACAUGUCAUUUUCCGAGAAAGAUAACGAAAAGGUCCCCGUAGACUCAUACCCUCCGGUCCGGGUCGUCUCUGCAUCCGACAAUGCCACACAACGUGUCGCUCGAGACAUCGCCGCGGAUCUUGUCGCUGAGCUCGAUGCUGGUUUCGAAGUCACACCCGAGAUGAAGAGGAGAGUCUUGAGGAAGAUCGACUUCAUCCUCUUGCCCCUCAUCUCUUGCACAGCGACGUUGUCUUUCCUCGACAAGGUUUCGAACAACUACGCAAACAACUAUGGCCUCCAAGUUCGCUUGGGCAUGCAUGGUACUCAGUUCUCUUGGUCAGCAUCGGUCUUUUACUUUGCCUUCCUUAUCUGGCAGCCAGCCGUGUCUUACAUGACCCAGCACUUCCCCCUCGGUAAGCUGGUCUCCAUCAAUUGCAUCUGCUGGGGCCUGGUCCUGCUUGGGCAGGGCUUUGUCAAGAACUAUGGAGGUUUCAUGGUUCUCCGCUUCUUCCAGGGUAUCUUCGAAGCCUGCGUUCUGCCGUCUUUCCUCGUGAUGUGUUCCAUCUAUUGGACUCGGGAGGAACAAUCUUUCCGCUCGGCUUUCUGGUUCAACUCCUGUGCGGGGAUCUUGGGCGGUCUGUUCGCCUAUGCGAUGGGUCACUUCCAUCCUGCACCAGGCUACAGCCUCUACCAGUACAUUUACAUUGUUUACGGGUCAUUCACUACCGGCUGGGGCGUCAUGCUGUUCUUCGCGCUUCCCGAUUCCCCUGUCACGGCUUGGUUCUUUUCGCAUGAAGAACGGCUCACGGCUGUCGCUCGAGUCAAAGGCAAUAACACCGGCAUGAUCAACCGUCAUUUUGACCGUUCCCAGAUGUGGGAAGCCCUUCUCGAUCCCAAGACUUGGUGGUUCUUCCUGUUCACUUUCGUGUGCAACAUUCCCAACGGCGGUCUCAAUGCUUUCUCCACGACCAUCAUCAAGGGCUUUGGAUUUACAACCCUUGAAACUACCCUCAUGUCAGUUCCUUGGGGCGUAGUGUGCACGCUUGGCAACGGCGUGAUCGGUCUGUGUAUCUCCUACACCGUGGGCAAACGAUUGUUCUUGAUGGCGUUCGCCAUUAUUCCACCCAUGAUCGGCACCGUCGUCAUGUACACCAUUCCUCACUCCAACAAAGCUCCAUCGCUAUUCGCCUACUACAUUACCGGUUUCUACAAUGCGCCUUACGUCAUGUCGUUGGCGCUUAUGGCCUCGAACACCGCCGGUACCACGAAGAAGAGCGUCACCAGCGCGAUCAUAUGGAUGUCCUAUUGCGGUGGUAAUAUCGCCGGGCCGUUCUUCUACCGAAGCAAGGAUGCACCGGCAUAUCAGUUCGGCACCGCCGCUCUGCUCACCUGCUUUUCUCUGCAGGUUGUGCUUGCCCUUUUGUUCCGUGUCUACCUCCUGCACCUUAACCGUCAGAAAGAGCUCGCAUUCGAGCCCAGCGAGCACGAUGAGAGCGCACAGCAUGCUUUCGCGGAUCUCACAGACAAGCAGAAUACCGACUUCAGGUACACCUAUUAAGUAUAUACUGGAGUAAGAUAGCGUUGUAUGGAUAAACAGAAGCCCGACUUCAACCCUUCAACAUUGGAUCAAAAACGAAAGUGUAAAAUGGUGAAUUGUCGAGUUGUCUGAUACGGACUUUCUUGGUUGUGAACGGUUGUAAAACGUCGUGAAGUUAGUGAUUAUGGA